AUGGCCGAUACAAGAAAGGUUGUUUAUUUGUUGAAUCGUUGUUUCCUUGACGACACACACACCAGAAACUAUACCGACCCACGAAAACUUCGUGAUCAUCUGCAAGAUGCGCAUGACUAUCAGUUUCCAUUGAAAAUUAAAUCAACACGACGAUAUAACAAUGACAGAUUUUUAUAUUUGCGGCAUCGUGACGAUAGUCAACUCACAUCCGUAAACUAUGCGUGCCCAUGCUGUAAAGGCCACUUUAAAGAUACAAAAGAACUUGCGAACCACUUCUUGGCAUUGCACAAAGUACAUCUGCCC